UGGGUGUGGGUGUGUCGAGCUUCGCCAGCUGUGCUAUGUCACAGCCCCCAAGCUGGUCUGACCGGAUUUUUCUCUUUUAGAUGAGAGCUAACAUCAUUCCCUUGCAGACGCCUGUUGUGUUCUUUCCUUUGUCUCCCUAUAGGUACCUUCCAGAUCGAUCACUCUCAGGUUUAGGGAUCCGAGCGCCGCUCCGCUGCAGAGAUGAACUGGUCGGCCCUGGAGAGCCUGCUCAGCGGGGUCAAUAAGUACUCCACGGUGUUCGGGCGGGUGUGGCUGUCCAUGGUGUUCGUGUUCCGCGUGCUGGUGUUCGUGGUGGCGGCCCAGCGCGUCUGGGGCGACGAGAGCAAGGACUUCGUCUGCAACACCCGGCAGCCCGGCUGCACCAACGUGUGCUACGACAGCAUCUUCCCCAUCUCGCACAUCCGCCUGUGGGCGCUGCAGCUCAUCUUCGUCACCUGCCCCUCGCUCAUGGUGGUGGCGCACGUCAAGUACCGCGAGGAGCGCGACAGGAAGUACGUGGCCUCGCACCCCGGGGCGCACCUGUACGCCAACCCGGGCAAGAAGCGCGGCGGGCUGUGGUGGACCUACCUGCUGAGCCUGGUGUUCAAGGCUGCCUUCGACACCGCCUUCCUCUACAUCCUCUACUUCAUCUACCACGGCUACGACAUGCCGCGCCUGUCCAAGUGCUCGCUGGAUCCCUGCCCCAACACCGUGGACUGCUUCAUCUCCCGGCCCACCGAGAAGAAGAUCUUCACGAUCUUCAUGGUGGCCUCGUCCGCCAUCUGCGUGUUCAUGUGCCUGUGCGAGAUGGCCUACCUCGUGGGCAAGCGCUGCCACAAGGUCCUGCGCAUACGGCGGGAGAACGAGCAGCUGCUGUUCGCCGAGCGCCACGACAUCACCGCCCUGGCCCGGCCCCGGUCCGAGUACAACCGGCUGGACCCCACCGCCUCGGCCCCGCCCACCUGCGGCAUCGCCGACGACGACACGCUCAAGGCCAAGAAAACCAAGAAGGCCAAGGAGGCCGAGAAGAUGGAGGAGGCCGCCACAGCCGCCGCCGCGACCGGGAAGAUGGCUUAGAGCCGGACGAGACGCGCUGCAUCAGCGCAAACGGACAGCUUUAACCAAAAGCCUGCAUUCAGCAGAACUGUAACAGACUGUGAACCCUGGGGAAACUACAUUUCCCAGAAUUCCUUUAUGUCUGCCCGUUAAAUACCUCUAUGUAAGGUGUUCAUUUUGCUUAGUUUUUUUUUUAAGUUUCACUCAAUGCACUGUUGGAGGGUUCCAUUCUCUCUCUCUGUCCCUCUCUCUCUCUCUCUCUUCUCUUCUCAUUGGUGUUCUGAGCGAUGGGUCAGAAGGUGCAGAGGUAUCAGGUGAAUCUCAGGUGCAGUAACCCAUUCCUGCUCCUCACAGCUCUAAAGCAGCUGAGGUGUAGAGCGUGUAAAGGCUGACGGCACCCAGUCCUCUGAACACGCAGGGUUUCCGUGUGUGAGCUGGGUCUGAACACGCAGGGUUUCCGUGUGUGAGCUGGGUCUGAACACGCAGGGUUUCCGUGUGUGAGCUGGGUCUGAACACGCAGGGUUUCCGUGUGUGAGCCACAGUCUGAACACGCAGGGUUUCCGUGUGUGAGCUGGGUCUGAACACGCAGAGUCCUGUGAACACGCAGGGUUUCCGUGUGUGAGCUGGGUCUGAACACGCAGGGUUUCCGUGUGUGAGCUGGGUCUGAACACGCAGGGUUUCCGUGUGUGAGCUGGGUCUGAACACGCAGGGUUUCCGUGUGUGAGCUGGGUCUGAACACGCAGGGUUUCCGUGUGUGAGCUGGGUCUGAACACGCAGGGUAUCUGUGUGUGAGCUGGGUCUGAACACGCAGGGUUUCCGUGUGUGAGCCACAGUCUGAACACGCAGGGUUUCCGUGUGUGAGCUGGGUCUGAACACGCAGGGUUUCCGUGUGUGAGCUGGGUCUGGUGCUUUUGCCAGCUGUGCUGGGCAUCUCUACACAGUGCUGUUAGAGCGCCUCCUGUGGUCAGCCUGGGCUCUGCAGCGUGCAGCGCUCUGAGGGAGUGAGUGCGCCGUUUCUGCUGCGAAACCACGGAGUGAAGCAGGGGACUCUGGGAAAUUUAAGAAGCGUUUCAGAGCCGUGGCACACACACGCACAUGUGACCCAAAUUAGAGAAAAACAUGAAAGAAAAAAAAAUCAGAGAUAAAAACAGACUGCAUUACGCUAUUUCCCCAAGAUUUACGGCCUCCAUUUACACAUUGAUUUUCUCAUUUAACAUCUUCAUUUCCACCGGAGCACUCGCACAACGGAAACGUUCCCCAUGGACCAAAACGGAUUUACAGCCACAGCUGGGGGGCGGGGGGAACAGAACCUGCACACAGAACCCGCAGCACAUUCAGAACCUCACCGCACAGGGCAGGCAGGUACAGGGAGACACACGAGUCACCUUCACAGAGAAACUGGACCUCCGGCACCAACAGACACCCGCCUGUGAAUAACUGAUCUUGUGUAAAUACAAGUCUAUUUCUCUCCCUC